CCAGGGUCCUAUUUCGGUCCGCACCAUCUCAGACUCGGUCUCUUUUCUUCGUUAACUCACUGUUGCUCCCUACAUACUCGCUGAUCAGUAGAGCUCCGCUUUUUGCAGAGACAAAAAUGGAAGACAAAACUUCUCAGUUCAAGAUAAUAUUGGGGUCAUCUUCCUUACCUCGUCGUAAAAUAUUAACUGAAAUGGGAUAUGAAUUCACACUCAUGAGUGCAGACAUUGACGAGAAAGGUAUCAGAAAGGAGAAGCCAGAGGAGUUGGUCAUGGCCCUUGCUGAAGCAAAGGCAGACGCAAUCUUACAGAGGCUUCCUGUCGGUGAUUAUGUAAAGGAAGCUGAGCCAACAUUACUAAUCACUUCUGAUCAAGUGGUGGUCUAUGAAGGUGUUAUAAGGGAAAAACCGGCCAAUGAGGAAGAAGCACAUCAAUUUAUAAAAGGCUAUUCAGGUGGGCAUGCUGCAACUGUGGGAUCUGUUCUAGUUACAAACCUUAAAACUGGAUUCAGAAAAGGAGAAUGGGAUAGAGUGGAGAUACAUUUCCAUGAAAUACCAGACGAAGUCAUUGAGAAAUUGAUCGAGGAAGGGAAUGUACUACAUGUUGCCGGGGGAUUGCUGAUCGAACAUCCUUUGAUAAAGCCAUACAUUAAACAAGUGGUAGGGACAAUAGACAGUGUGAUGGGAUUGCCGAAAGCUCCCACGGAGAAACUCAUAAAGGAAGCUGUCUAGGAGCCACACCAUUUGAUUCCAGUGGAACUUAUUUCACUUUUAUUCUCUUCCGUAUAUUAUCUUUGUCACUCGUUUUAUUUCCCCAAGCUGCUACUUUUGGUAAAUAAACUACAGCCACAUGCCCCUUAUUAUUGUUAUUAUUAUUAUUUUUUUGUUUUGGUUUGAAAGAUGCUGUAGUUGCGUAGCUUAAGAGGAGAUUUUCACCUUUGAACAGUUGGCAAUGUGGUCCGACAAAAUCAAACAUGUUUUUCGAUAAAUUAAUCAAAAAUAGAUAAAUUAAUCCUUA